AAAUAUCUUUUUUUAUUUACCCUGUCGUUACAGAAUUAACAUACAUCGGGAAACCACUGUCUGCUACUGUAUGGUUUUUACUGUAGCUUAAAGGUGGGUGGAUUUCCGCUGGUGUGGUGAGAGGAGGCUAAUCAAGUCUCUGUGAAACAGGUCCCUCCCAUUUUAUAUGAUCACAUUGAAGUGAAUCGGCUCAAAGUUCUGACAUCAACUGCAAUCUGAACCCUCAGAAUGAUGAUCGUAGUCUGUUUAGUGCUGAUGCUCCCAGUUGGACACAACCAGGAAUUAGUGACAGCGGUCGUUGGAGUUGGAGAGGAUGUGACUCUCACAUGUACCUACGACAUCACUAAGAACAUCGAAACCUAUUUUUGGAUAAAGCUCUUUGGAAACAUGCCGGUCGUCUUGGGCAAAGCAAACAGCUUUGACUAUUCUGAGGAUGGGGAUGUGUCUCGCAUCACAACCAAACAGGAGCCUGGAAGGUUUUCACUGAUUAUUCCAAAGACCGAAAUGAGUGACACUGGAUUUUAUUACUGCUUAAAAUCACAUAAUUACAAAAUCACAUUUAUUAAUGGAACAUUUCUAAGAAUUAAAGGGCCAGGUCCACAUGUCGCUGUGAUCAUUCAGGAUCCAGUUGAUCCAGCUCACAUUGGAGACUCAGUGACUCUCCAGUGUUCUGUCCUCUUUGACAAACAGAAGGAAGCGUGUGUGGAGGAUCCCAGUGUUUACUGGUUCAGGGUCGGAUUAGAUGAGGCAGAUUCCAGUCUGGUUUACGCUCAUGGAAACAGCAGAGAUCAGUGUGAGCGGAGUCCUGAUGCUGCUUCACCUCAGAAAUGUGUCUACAGCUUCUCUAGGAACGUGACCCGGUCUGACGCUGGGACUUAUCACUGCGCUGUGGCCACGUGUGGACAGAUACUCUUUGGAAAUGGAACAAAGCUGGACAUAGACGUCGUCAGCAGCUGUGACUCACACAGAGACAACACGGUUGUGUUUCUGCUGUGUGUCACUUUGGCUUCAAGUCUCAUUGUCAUAAUCAGCCUCGUUUGUGCCGUCAUCAAUACCUCUACACAUUGUUGCAAAGAAACAAGUUGUAAUGAGCGUAGUCAUGAGAGAAAUGAGGACACGUUGGUUUAUUCUACAGUCAGGACAACAGGAGGCAACAGAAGGAAAGCAGCCGUGACAGAAGAGACAGUUUAUACAGACGUCAGGGCUUUUGUCAUUAAUUGAACUUCAGUGUUUGAUUCACUAAUAGAUUUUAUGCAAUGGUUGUGAAAUCCAGCACAUACUGUUCAAUUUAUUGAACCAAUGUUUAAUAUGCAUUUUGUAAUUAAAUGUAUGGAUAAUAGAUUUGACCACUGUUAGUUCCUUUAAGAAUAAAAGCAGAUUAAUUAGUGGUGAUUUUGUGUUUUCUAUCAUUUUCUUUUUGAUUUCUGAUUGGAAAACGUGUCAUUUUGU